CGCCGGACGAGGACGAAUAGUCGACAACGACGACGGCGAGCUGAAUCGAGUUGAGUUGAGUUGAGCCGGACUGCAGUUUAGUCGCUGAGCAGCAGAGAGUAAAUUAAGCACAGAGAAAAUAAGGCAAAUAACGAAGUAAUGAAAGAUUUCAACUAAACGAGAAUAAGGCAAACAUAGGAAAGCUUUAAACGAAAGGAUUGAGAGCGAAGGCGACGCUCGUUUGCAUCCAGCCAAGCUCGAGUAGCAACAGCGGACCGAGCUGCGCCAACGGACUUUAGCAACCGCUACGAGUAUUUAAAACUUGAAACUGGAGAAAGAGACUGACAGACAGAGAGAAGAGAGAGGCCCCCAAAACGACGUCGAUGUGACAUAUUGCCAAAACGGAUAACUGAAAUCAUAGAACAACGCACGAACAGAUCACUUCAGAAGAACUUGGAAGACAGAACAGAAACCAUUCAUAAGAGCAACGACAACAACAAUAGCAGCAACGUGUUAGUAAUUAUUUGAUCUGUGCUUUUUCACGGGUCUCACCCUCACUCACGACGACAACGACACUUAUCGUGGCCAUUAGCAAGAUUAAUAUUAACCUGCGCCUGUUAUUAGCGUUGAGGUCUACAGUCGGGCUCCUCGUCGUCGUCGUCGUCGCGUUCGCUUCACGAACGGCCAUCUGCCCUAAAAGCCGGCCAGUCGAGUCUGGCAUCGACCACAACGAGAGUGGCAAUCGCUACUGCGACUACGAAAUUGGCCGGCCAGCCAGCCAGCCACGGAAUGCGAACAGGCAGCGACGCUGGCCAUCAAGAUAAUCAUCAACAACAAAAGCGGCAGCAGCAACAGCAUCAUCGUUGGCAUCAACGUUUACAACAUGGUACAGCAGCGUGAUGAAGUCAUGAUUGACAUGUGCAGUUAUCGGCGGGAUAAGUGUCCAUGAGGGAACGGAACAGAAACAACGAAAACUCCACAAAAAGUACCACAGUGUCUGUGUCAACGUAUUUUACUUUGCUACCAACGAUCGAAGCGACAUCGCUACCUGUGCGGAUGGUGUAACAAACCCAGUAGAUCUAGGUAGAACGCCAGAUAUAGAGCAGGAAAGCGAGAGAGAGAGAGAGAGCGCGCGAGAGAGAGAGAGAGAGAGAGACGCAGAAAAACGAGUCAGGGAAAGAAAAGGUUACAGGAUUCCUAUUUGGCACUAUCGCAAUCGGAGUCGGUGGCGUGUCAUUAGUCCGUAUGUUUAGCUGUCAACUUCGUUGAUUUGGUACACUCUAUUCGAUGGUGUAUUUGUGUUCGGUGUCACAAUCGAGAAAAAGUGUCGUAUGGCCGUUUUAUGAUGUCCGACUGCUGUUAUUACUAAUGUACUAUCGCUUUGAUACAAUCACGUCGAUAUCAGAUCCUCUUUCUACCUAUCGACGUCUUCCUCUUUUCUUCCGUGUCUGAAAAUGACGACCGCCCACCAUUGAUUAAUACCACGAAUACUACUACCACCACUACAUCUAAAAAGUACAUAUAUAUAUGUAUAUUUAAAGUAAUAUAUAUGUAUAUAUGGUUUCGGAAGUAUUACGAACAAAUAGCACACACCACAAAUAGCGUAAGUAGUUCACAGAAACAGAAAGCCUACAGUCGGAUAGGUCUAUUUUUGUGUCCGCCAUGAAACAUUUAAAAGAGGUGACUUAAUCGACGUUAUAGACAACAAUAACAAUAGUCAUUAUAAAAACAACAACAACAAAAAUAGCACGACCAGCAGUGGUGAUCGCCCAGUAGCAUCACGUUUUUUCAUGUGACAAAAAUGCGACCCGAACCGGAAACAGGUCUCAGUCAGGAUGGCGGCACCAUACCGGCUAAACCUGUAAUAAGUGUAAUUUAAAAAGACGAUGAAGCUCAAGUCCAAAUCGAGAAACCUUCACCCGUGCAGCCCAUAAAUCCUAGUUCUCCAUUCCGAUAUUCAGCUAUAUACGUAUCGCCCAACCCCCAAUCAACCCAAUCUAGAAAAUUCGAGCGUAGCUCGGGAUCGGAAAUAAGCACAAUGUCAUCGAAUCGGAUUUAUUGAAUGUAAUCAAACGGUUGAAAUUAACUGUACAACAACAACAUCACCAGCUCCAGCUUGUUUCGACAGCACCCAUAUAUACAUAUACAUAUAUAUACAUACAUAUAUACACAUACAUAUAUAUAUCAACAACAACGGAGCAACAACCUAGUGUUCUUUGUUUGUGCUUUCCUUGGAUUCUGUGAGACAAACCGUUUACGUACCGGAUACUCAGCACAAUGUCAGCGGCGAACGUGUGUGUUUUUGUAGCGGAGGAUCGCUUCCAGAAUAGAAGGGUGGUUUAGUCUUCUUAUACCUAGAGAAGUUAUUUUGGAUUUGGACACAGAUUGGACGAACGUCUUUUUAAAGGUCACAGUGAUAAGCUUUGCACACAGGAGGCCCGGAAGUAAAAUACGUUUACCAAUGAUCCGAUGUCACACAGAAUCAUAGAAAAGCGAAGACGAGACAGAAUGAAUAACUGCUUGGCUGACCUGUCUAGACUCAUACCUGCUAUCUACCUCAAAAAGGGAAGAGGUCGGAUUGAAAAAACAGAGAUUAUCGAGAUGGCUAUCAAACACCUUAAGCAUCUUCAGGCACACGCUUGCAAAGAUCCAGCGACUUGCGAGGUUGCGCAGCAAAUCGAGAACGAUCAUCGGCACCAGUAUCGUCUCGGUUUCCAUGAAUGUAUGUCCGAGUGCGUGCGGUUCUUGGUUGAAAUUGAAGGCAUGUACGCCGGCGAUGACCUUUGCAUACGUCUAAUGAAUCACCUACAGAAACACUUUGACAAGGUGCAAGGACACGGCUUCUGCUAUCAACUACCGCAGGGUACCACAGCAGCGUCGACUAUGCCAGGUGGAGUGGGCGCUGUGUCGCCACCUACCGCUGUUAGCGCUGGCCUACCAGCGCCCGGUGCGCCCAGCGGCCUGUCGAGUCCCUGCGUAACCAAUGCCUCUGGCCAGUUAAUCCAUCAGCAAACACACCAGCCUACGCCAGUUCCCAUACAAAUCCAUCCUCCUUCUGCGGAAAUGGUGAGUGCUCCACUAACAGUCGCCUCCUCCGUUUUGUUGUCUGCCGGCGAAGACGUGAAACCGAUGGACCUCGAGUCUACCGAAUCGUCGGCCUUCACACGCCGAGUUGGAGGCCCUUUCGCGCCAAGGGGCAGACUUCUUCAAGAUGUUCCUCAAAACCCAGGGAGCAGUCCUGGGAACUCGGUUGCACAGCAAAUGCAUCACCUCAUGGUGCCGAAACAGGAGGGUUUAGGCGAAAACGGUGGCAGUAGCGUCGGUGGGCCUUGCUCGGCAGAAUGUAAGCCUUGUCCGGGCGUCGAAGCACGCAGCCCUGUAAGUGAAACGCCUACCGGCUCGCAGGCCCAAGCAAGUCAGCUGCGAGAGAUGCUGCAAACGCCAAUGGCUGGCAGCUCUACUCUCUUGUCAGGUCCGCCUGGAUUGCCAGCCUGUGAAUUAAACAUGCGAAAACGAAGCAACAUAGACACACACCUGUCGACGACGUCGUUCGCUAACCACUAUGGCAGUGGGCCAACCUCAACCGUCACCGGGGAGCCCUCUCCAGCAAAAACCCCCAACAUCCUCCAACAACAGCAACAACAGACCUCCGCAACAACUAAUCCUAACGAGGAGGUAUAUAAUUUUAAAAAGAACAUCAAAGAGCGAUUCCAGUCGAAUCUGAGGUUGUUUUCCGCGUCACCGACGGACAGUGUCGAUGGAGAAGACUCAAAAGGCUUCACCGGUCGUGAAGAACGACGCUACUCGCAUUCACAGGUGCAGGGCCCCGUGGCGUCCCCGCGUAGUCCUGCUUCGUUCUACCGUCAUACGGUUUCGGCUCCUCCUAUGGGCGAACUGGUCGAUGCCGAACCCGUAACACUGGCCACAGACCUGUCAGUGAGCGUUGAUAAAAGCGGCCGCCCGCCGCGUGAGAUCCGAGAGUCCCGGGAGAUCCGAGACAACAGCCGCGAAUGUCCCCGUGGCGGUGAUGGGUGCGUCGUCAAAUGGGAAUCUACAAUGACGAUGAAUCAAUUGGACUCGAGCAACAGCGCAGGAAGUCCUCCCGGUAGCAGUAACCCUUCAUCACGUUCUAGCGCGAGUUCAGGCUAUAGCAGCAACGGCAGUUCAGUAGAGGCUGGCACCCGUCACCCCGUGACGAGUCCACCUUCGCCUGCACCGCCGGUCCUGGCGCAAGCCUUGACCGGCUCGACUCCAUGCACCAACGGUGCGCUAAACACAUCGACCGGUCCAAACUCCACCGUCUCCACUGGCGUACCAAUAUUCGCGCUACACCCUAAACGCGCCUUCUACAUUCCACUCACGAUGGAAUCAAGCCUGUUGACGCCAUUCUUGCAAGCGGAUGACGAAGCGGGCUCUCCCGUGCUACAUCCAGUCAGCAUUUCUGUUAACUUCAACCAACUCUACCGUAAAAAUAUUACAGCCACGCCGCAGGCGCCACCAUGGAUUUGCGUUCGCGCGGCUGAGCCCCGGUUGCCGCUGCUUUUGCCUAAUGGACGCCUGUAGACCAAUCAUCUAGACUUGACCCCGCACUCAUACGAUACAAUGAGGAGCAAAACUAGACACAUUAAAAAGAAAACCAUAAAAACAACCGCGAAAGUUGAACCGGAGACAAAGGAAGUAAAUUUCAAAAAAAAACAAGAAUAAAGGCAUUGAGAAAAAACGAAAACAGUAGGGAUCGAAGCAGCGACACCCGAUCCCAGAUACAAUCGGAGGAGCAGCAGCAGCAGCAGCGAGGAUAGCCAAUAUUCAUGUUUAUAUUUUAGCUGAUGAUUGUUUAUUUGAAUUGAUUUCAAUUAUUUAGCAAACAACAACAUCGUAUCAGAUGCGACUGUGUGAGAACAGAAACGGUAACGACGACGCGUCUAUUGCGUGUGGGCAGAACUUCGCUUUGUCUGUUCCUGAUAUAGUGGUCUGUGAUUCUAAUGAUUACGGUUAAUAUUCGUUUAUCGUGAUGUUAUGACAGCGAUACGUUGGUAAUUACGCUGACACAUGGUAUUUGCAGCAGCAAAAAUCUAUAGAGUUUUGUUAACGAUCAUGGGCAAAGAUAUAAUCCGUAUGUAUGGCUAUUGGAAAAAAGACGAAUGUAGAGAAAGAUAGUUCACGAUACGAAUUAUUUCAUUUUGUCCGUCGUCCAAGACCCAGUUGAUUUGUUUGCAUGUUUACGAAAUGUUGAAAAUAAAACCUACAUAUAGGAUAGCGAUCGAAAAUUGCCGACAUUGACACCCUGAGCACUGGUUUAGCACCGGGAUUGCGAGCAUUUGGCUUUAACGGUUGGCCGGUAUCGAAUAUAAAAUCGACAGGGAACUUAGGUUGAUCAAAUGCUGACGACGAAUUAUAAGUCUUCUAAUAUAUAUAUAUAUAUAUAUAUAUAUAUAUAACGUAAAACGCGUUCAUCGCGCUGCGUCAGAACGAACGUCGGAUUUAAUUGUGGCUAAUAACACUGGUUCGUAUUAUAGCAACGGGUGCACAGCGCAAAACACACACUCACUGGCAACUUAAGUAAGUUAGCACCGUUGUCUGUUAGUAUUUGAUGGCAAAACAGCUGAAAACCUUCAGUGUGGAAUUUCGACACGAAAAAUUAUUUGUAUCCGUCGCUGUCGAAUCAAUGAUAUAAACCAGUACGGGCAACUCUCGGUAGCCUCGUAAAAAUGAUGCCGGCGCAGUCUUUGAAGAUUCUGUGAUUAAAUGAGACCUCAUUGUGAUGACGAAAAUUGUUAUAGAGAUGCUAUCAUGAUGUUACGAAACAUGUUGUUAUGAUACUUCAUUACCACUGCUACGUUAUUAUAACUAAUUAAUUUACAGUAUAAUAUUAUUACCGUUAUUAUUAGUGUUACUACUAUCCUUACUAUUGUUAAACGGUGAUGACAGCGUUAGAGGGAAGACAAUUAAAUUUUGCUUUAAAUUCAUAGCACGAUCAUAAACAAAAAUCAUUAUACUGUAGUUAAUAAUGCUACCACUAGAGGGCUCUGUAAUUAUACACAUAAAUAAACACUCGUACAUAACAGUAAUAGGAAAUAUGUAUGUUAUAUAUACCAAUGGAUUUCAAGUCAAAUGAAAAGCUACGAUACGAAUAAUUACGUGAAGUAAACAGAGUGGAUUAAUUGUCAAUUGAUGGCGAAGAUGAUCACCAGAAGAAAGGUGUUGUAUAGGAAGGAACAAUGGAGGAGGCCGCAUUUGUUCUUGUGUCGAAGCGGUGAGCGCUGAUUCACUGGGAUACUGAACCCCAUCCAGUGAGAAAAAGGAACAGAACGAGUGUUGCAAUAGGUGGAAGUAGACAAGUUAACGGCCAACGUUCGACUUAUCGACGUGCUGUUGUUGAAGACGGAGUAGCAUUGUAAAAGAGAAGCUUCAAUUCGCAGUUGCAACAAGAACAGACAAAGGGAAAUUUUAGAGAAACGUGAAUCUUGAUACAUUGUUAUUACAUUACGUAUACGAUAAUAUUAUUAAGAAAUAAUAAUAUUAUUGUAUAGUUAGGAAUGACUGUAAUAAGGGAUGAUGCGUUCGGCUGUACAGAAAUCGAUUUGCCCUGAAGCGUUCGUACGAUAAGGACGACGAUGUUAUUUUAUUAAUUACUGAUAUUGUAAAAGCUAAUUAAUGAUCAUAGUAAGGAAAUAUUUUGGAUUAGUAUAAAGUAAAAUAUCGAACGCUUCCGCCGCGAUAACGGCAGUAGCGUUAUGGAUCGAGGCGAAGACAUUAUGCGACUUAAUGUUACCAUACGAAGUCAAAAAGACACUCAAACACAGAAAAACCUCGAGGAAAUCAAUGUGGGUAAUAAUACACGGAGAAAUAAAUUGACUUUAUAGUAACGGCAUUACAUGAAAAACCGAAGAAUUUGAACAGACUAAAAUAGUCAAUUUAUGGGCAGAUCUAUAAAAAGAAAUAAUAGAAAACGACUGGCCUGAUAGACAAAAACUUUUUUUAGACGGAAGAUACAGAAGAUCCAGGCAGAAGAUAUAGGAGCCGAUUUGAAAGGGAGCUGGCAUCGUCCUGUCCGAUUGUAGAUUGCAGGCCUCUGGGUGUUCUUUGAUCGUUGAGUCAAUAGCGCGAUUGAACCGAAGUGAGAACACUAUAUGUUAAAAGUUUCCUGUGAACACAGUUUUCUAUUGAAGGAGGGAGAGACGUAAGCGACAUGUAAAAUAGGGCAGAGGGGAGAAAAGCGGCAGACAAACAAACCGUGGGGCUAACGAUGUAGGAAUAGGUAGGCUCGUCAACGUGUGUGACCAGACAAAACCAGAGGGGAAAAAGUCUAGCUGAGAAAUAACAAAAUAAAGAAACAUAACUGAAAGUUUACUGGCAGAUCCAUUCCCUCUUAACAGAGAGGAUCCUUGUGGUAAUGCUAAACACGCUGAGACAGCAUUCAUACAAAACUUCUGAAUGUCAAUUGCGAUAAAACUACACGGCCAAGUUUGUAGAAUAAAUGAUGGAUCAAUAGAAUUGAUUAAAAAAAAGAAAAAAAAAAGAUAAAUUAUAUUCUUAAGAUAUUCUAUGAUAAUGACUUGAUUGAUAUUAUCAAAGCUAUAUUUUCCGCCUAUUUUGUAACCUGCGCCAGGUCGCCGGAAGUGUUAAUCAACGCUGAACAAAAAAGGCUUCGGUUUGCAUGGAACGCUCGCACCUACUGAAGAUCAUAUUCAUAUAUAAAUGUUUGUACUACGGAAAUUUCAAAUUUUACUGUGGCCUUUUAUUGGGGACGUCAUUGUGUCUAAAAUGCGAGUAUGUGUUAGACCUAAGAGAUAGGUUUUGCCAGUCCAAACUUUGCACUAUAACUUACUAUCCCUUCUUAAUACCCUCCCUUGAUCUAUGGGAAGACAGAUGAUGAAUAAACGUAUCAGCGUAUUGUCCACUCCCUUCCGCCUAGCAUUUCUCACUAAAGAAGCCUUCAGACAUAAGACGCUGCUCAAUGUUCACAAAUUAAACCCUACCACCCAAAACCUCUUUUAAAAACUACCCUUCUAAAAGAUACACUUUGAUACAUACUGAUAUCUAAACACAGACUUUAGAUGAAUAGCGAUGAAUGAACUUACAUGCAAAGAUCCUCUCUAGGAAAUGGUGGUAGUUUAAUGGGACGAACUGCACACUGAAUGCUUUUUCCAGGUGCAUCUUAAUCUGAUUGCGCCAUUUGUUAGGGUGGGCGAGCCUACUUUAAUAGAUCACAUGAUUACCGGCAUAAGGAAACACUGCUACUUGUAGAAAAGGGAACCCAAGACACAUAUGAACAACAAUAUGAUGUGAAGGAAUAAGCUGACCAACCUCUCUGUUUUUGCCUUCAGAAUACUACCUGCAGAAUAUUUUUUCUACCUUUUUUGCGGGAUUGAAGCACCAGUUCCCAGUGCCGAAGGUCGGCUUUCGCUCAAGGAUGACAGACAAAAAUUAUAUAUAUAUACGCGAAACAAGCAGUCCAGACCGACCUUGUGCUCGUCUACUACUCGUUCUUAUUGUCGUUGUUGUUCCCUUUGAAACGGAUGAUCUUGGCCAUUGAGCUUUCGAUACGCACUGCACAUGUAAACACCGCUUCAGUGUCUAAGGUCUAUUUUUGUAUAUAUACUGAGAUAUAUGUAUGUAUAUAUAUAUACAUAUAUAUAAGUGAAUAAGAUGAAUAUAUAUAUAUAUAUAAUUAUAUAGUACCUAAUUUUGACCAGCCGGACAAAGCUUCUGAACACCCCGAUCUUUAUGGCGUUUUGUAAUGACCGACGGAAGACCAAUAGAAGACAAAUAUGAAGUAAUUAUGAUAACGUUAAAGAUGAUGACGAAAGGUACAUCCAAACACUCUCUGGGUCCGAAGGAGGUCUGAGGAAGGGCAGGCGAGAAUAGAAACGAUCGUUCAAAAACCGGGAAAAUUUGUUAUUAGUAAGUAAAUAGUAAAAGCGCCAGUCAGGGGAGCAGUAAGACUUCUUAUUAUAAAAGAAUCGAACGCCGACAAACAUUUAAGUGACAUCGGGAAGUCCAUUAAGUUGAUAUAUAUAUAUAUAUAUAUAUAUAUAUAUAUAUAUAGGCACGGCGAAUGGAAACAAAGUGAGCAACGGGGUCAAAUAAUGGCUUCAACAACGUUGACGAGAGAAAAGUGAAAUUUACUAAGUAAGGAUGAACGGUGAGGUGAUCGUUUUAUUCUCCGUGCCAGGUACGCGUUGGACAGGUCGUUAAGACUAUACUGAUAUAAUGUUUACUGAACUCUGCAGUAAAUGGCGAUGUUGAACGGGAACAGCAGCGGAAAAAA